AUGGAUGACCUCCUCAAACCCAUCAAAACCUCCUGGAAGGUCCAGAACAACAUCGACAAGUUCGAGAGUAUGUCCCUGAAAGACACGCCCUCGGCGAGACCAGGCAGUGCCAAAUCGAAAGUCUCAAUCCUUGAUCUGGACAAUGAAAGCAAUGACGGCGCCGGAGACCAAUUUAGUAUUCGCCCCUCGAUCGAUUCUUCUCAUACCUCGAUAUCGGCUUCGUCAGACCCGAAGAAGCACAAGAGUCAUGACUCCACGGCAUUCCUUCAAAAGUCUUAUUUGGACAAUUCACCUCCACCAUCUCUUUCAGACGACGCGCGCGAAGUUCUGAAAAGUCAGCCUGAUUCUGAGGAUUUGAUUGCCGUGCUUCAGUAUCUCCAGUACGGCAUCCAAGGAAGACAUGACUUCAACAUCCGGAUUCCUAGCCCCAAAGCCUCGCAGAUCAUCAACGUACUGGUCACAACCACUGUUCCAGAUCAAUGGCUCCAUUUGAGGAGCUCCGAUUUAUCCAAGACUGAUGCUCUGCUCAAGAAACUGCUGCUUAGCUGCUUGAAGAGUGUAGCAGGCAUAGGUGCUCUACUGAUGCAAAUAAAACAGCUUACCACCACGAAUUCCCAGAAGACCAACCCUGUUCUCGAGGAUGCUAUCUCGGUCGUCGGUAUACUCCUUUCGGGAAAUGGGAUAGUAAAAGAGCUCUUGAUCGACGCAACCACAUUCUUCCCAAGUGAAACACAACGCCGGGUUUAUUGGCAAGAAGUUACCUCGUUGUUGGCCGGAAGUAAGGUUCUUUCAACAAUCGCUCAAGCGUUAGCCAAGACUGAGCAGUCUGACGAGAGAAAUCUGAUGACUUCCUGGCUUGGCGACGGCGCAGAAUACUCGAGAUGGCUUGGAAAGAAUAUCUCAACUGCUGCCACUGCCUGUGUAUCGAUGUCCUUUUCAGGGAUUCAUUAUAUGAAUAUGCUCUGUCAGUUACUAAAGCGUGGAUUGGGCCUUGGAUACCGCGACGCUCUGGCUACUGAGCUGUAUACGAUGUUGCUGUUUCGCGAUCACGCACUCUGGACCGUGAUGCAUACGCUCGUUUCAAGUCUACCAUCUCAUGACCAGAAAAGCUUGUUUGAUACGAUUCUUUGUGAUCUUGCCCGAAAACACCUGGGCGGUAAUCUCAGUGCCGGGGAAAAGGCUUGUUUGGAUUCGAAAAGCCCCGCUAUUGGUGGCGUGGCUGCAAUGAUUAAGGGUCUCGUUGAGAACAAUAUUCUGUUGCAAACUCAUCUUACCCAUUGGUUAACGAGUGCAACCGGGCAGUAUCUUGGGCUUGGGCUUGACAGCCGUAGAGCCGUCACCGCAAGUCUAUCAACUGAUAAAGACAAGUUAGAGGUUGUUCUUGAAAAGAGCCUGGAAGCCUUUGGAAACAAGUUGCAGAUGCAGCAUGAUCCUAUCCUACAACAGGAGGCAAUUGCCCAAACUGUUCUCCUGGUCACCGGUCGGCUGUAUAGGCUGGAUCACAACUCGGUGAAGCAAAUAUCACUCUCGGGUUCCUUUCUGCGUAUGGUGUCCAACCGUCUCUCAGCGUCCGUGCCCCGUGCCCGUUUCUUAGGCAUGGUAGUAGCGACAGCAAUCUCGAGGUUGCUUGACCAGCCUGGUCGAAGCAUUGAUUUCGGAACAAAAGAGAUGGAGGGAGACGAAGCCCAGCACUGGCUACACUUACCCAGUAUUAAUGACACUAUAGGAUCCGUAGAUGAUCUACUCAAGGCGCCAGAAAACGUACAGCGACCACCACCCGUGCAGAAGCCGUCAUCUCGUCAGAGACCUGUGAAACUUGCAGCUCGAGCCCAGCCAACAGCAAAGAUUACUGCCAUCGAAGAGCUUUCGACUGACGAUGAGGGAGAUCCUGAAUUGCGUCCAUAUCCGCGCCCCAACAAUGAUCUGUCCGAUUCUGACGAUGAUCCUACACUUGUGAACCGUAACAAACCUACAGCCCCAGUCUACCUCACCUCUCUAAUCAAGCAAAUCAAUGCUACGGACGAUGUAUCGACCGUUGAGCUAGCAUUGAGGACAGCGCCAUCUCUCAUCCGCAGAAAGGCAGGCUUCGGCGACGAAUUAUCCUCUAACUUAUUACCAUUGGCUUCAGCUCUCCUCAAUCUACAAGAAGGAAUGUCACAGCAAGAGCUGCAACGAUUCCGACUAGAGGCAUUGAUAGAGUGCUUUGUCAGUGAACCGGUCGUAAUGGGCCCUUGGAUUGCCAACAUGUAUUUUGGCGGAGACUUUUCUCUCUUUCAACGAGGCGUACUCCUCACGGUCCUAGGGCUGGGUGCCAGGCAAAUAGCUGGUAUCGAUGACGAGCAAGACAAUGGUAUCGCACCCAUGGAACUAGGCGAGAAAACAUUCCCUUCCAAUCGUCUCCCACCUCAGCUCGAAUCCAUAUUCGCUCCCGAAAAGUCACCUAUCAACACUAUUUCAACAACACUGUCGCGUCGAACUCUACAGCCGAUGGCUUUGACCGCCGCUGACAAGCUGUCCGGACCGGAUAUUCUCAAGGUCAGAACCUUUUCAUCUCGGAUGGCCGUCGCAGCUAAACAAGCCGCAAAAACCGAAGCACGUUCCAAACGCGUACCAAAGGACUUGCACAAGCUGCUGGCCGAGUCUGUGUACCUCCCGCUCUGCUCAAGGUCGACGCUCCUCUUCUCUUCACUGGAAAAGGCGCCUUACCUCGCUAAUUCGACGCUUUUGCACCCUUCAAUGGUGAAACUAAACAUCCAGACUCUCACCGUGAUCAUUUCAACACUAGGUCCGAAUGCUGUCCAGCUGGAAACUGUCACACGCGAAAGCCUUCUUCUACUUACGGCAAUCCACACCAUUUCAGUCCUCACACGAGACCCAAUAGUCCUUCCCGCUAUACUGCACUUGCUUUUGACGGUCCUCGACUUGAACAUCGAGGCCGGCGCAACAUCAGAAGAACGGCUGGUCACAGACUUUGGCUCAAUGAUAGCCGAGCUCUCCUCCUGGGCAGCCACACUCGGUGAGCAGGGAUCCAUACCCGAAGUGCAUGGAGAGGAGGGCUUAGGGAUGUCAAUGCCGUGGCCAGUUCUUGUGGCUGGUAUUCAAGUCAAGUGGCAGGAAGUAGGCAGAAAGUUCCAGGGUCGCAUGCUGGGGCUAAUGGCGACGACGGAUUUUGACUCUUUCUGA